AUGCUGAGCUCCUUGCACAAGAGUCUGAAACACGCUCAGCGGCUCUGGAGACUUCAGGCGCAAGUGCCGCGUGCGCUCCGCUGUCACGCUGCGUCCGUUUCCCUGCUGGAUCACUGUCUAGAGCUGGACUACAAUGGGACUUGUAUGCAUCUUAACUACGUGUGGCUGCGGGAUCACUGCUGCUCCGAGUCGUCGUUCAAUGAAAAAACAAACCAGAGGAAACUUGAUUCUGCCAGCAUUGACCUCAACAUUCGUCCUGUUAGCACCAAACUGGAGGAUGGUCACCUGUAUCUUAAAUGGCCAGAUGAUCAUGUGACGAAGUAUGCCUUGCGUUGGCUCUCUGAUAACAGCUAUGAGACCACGAGAAACAGCACUGUGCAACCCCGUGUGCUCUGGAAUUCGCACACGUACAACGAGGCCAACCCUGCACCCUCCAAAUGGGACCUGUUCAUGAGCUGUGACAGUGAACUGAAACGGUUUCUCCAGAACUACCUUUUGUACGGGAUCGCAUUUGUACAGGACGUACCAGUUACGGUAGAGGCCACAGAGGCGGUUACACAGAGAGUCAGUCUCAUCAGAGAGACCACCUAUGGACGCAUGUGGUGCUUUACAUCUGACUUUUCUCGGGGAGACACUGCGUACAGCCAGCUGGCCCUGGAUCGUCACACAGACACCACCUACUUUCAGGAACCUUGUGGGAUUCAGGUGUUCCAUUGUCUCAAACAUGAUGGAACUGGCGGGAGAACAUUGCUGGUGGAUGGCUUUAAUGCAGCUGAAAAACUAAGACAGCGGUCACCGGACAGUUUUGAUCUUCUCACACAAGUUCCCAUCAAGCAUGAAUACAUUGAGAACACAGGUGACCACAGAAACCAAAUGAGAGGCAUUGGACCAUUAUUGGAAGUUUAUUCAUGGAACAAAGAACUUUACAUGAUCAGGUACAAUAACUAUGACAGAUCAGUGAUAAACACAGCUCCGCACAACGUGGUCCAGAGCUGGUAUGUUGCACACCAAGAGCUGACCGCAGAAAUGAGGUGUCCCCAAAAUGAGCUGUGGGUUAAACUCCACCCUGGAACCGUCAUAUUCAUUGACAACUGGCGCGUGAUGCAUGGAAGGGAGUCUUUCACUGGCCUGAGACAGCUGUGUGGAUGUUACCUGACCAGAGAUGAUGUACUCAGCCGGGCCAGAAGCUUUGGACUGAAGGCCUAG